GAGGCAGGAGUCCGCGCCAAAAGAAGUCAUUUUAUGGUCAAAAUAGGAUUUACCGCACAUUUUUUUGCUGCAUCGAGCUUUUCAUUGAUUUGGACGAGCUCGGAAGAUCAAAUUGGCCCAUCUGAAAAAGAUAGUUUUACGAGUUUAAAUGACCCUUUUGCGAUCAUCCGAAGUCUGCCAUUGCCCAUAAAACACUUAAAGAUGGAGAUCCUACCUAUUCAAAAUGUCUUGGCCCAGAAAGUCUCCAAUGUUGCCUCUGCGCGAGACAAGUCUGUGAGUUGGUUCAGUUGACGAGUAAUGAAGCAGCAUGUUAAGUUUAACAAACGCAAGUAAUAAGCUAGCUUGUCCAGUUGAAGCAAGAAGGUGUGGUGUUUUUAUGAUCGAGUAUUCGAUGUCCGUCAUAAACUGUGACAAUGUUCAUCUCCUGUUUAUCUCACUGAGUUAAUUCUACUUUGUAAUUUGCCGAUCUAAAAUCAGACUGGUUAAAAAACAAGUCAGUGCAGCAUUUUAAAGUCCUUGUUGGUUCCAUAUCAGAAACAGUCUCAAGGUCUGUCGAAGUCUGGGUUUAUUGAGCUGGUGUAAAUGUCUAGAGAGCGGAAAAAAUCAAUUCUAGAGUAUGGUGAGGCAAAUAAGUUCGUCUAUUGGAGCAAAAAUUGGAUUGACUGAUUUAAUCAAGUAUCUUUGAUAGUCGAUUGAAGGAUUCAACAUUCAAACGACCUUGAAAAAUGAGUUUUGGCAAAAAGGCUUGCAUGUAAAGUGUUUCUAAAAAAGUUGACCUCUAUUUUUUCUCAAUUCGAUUUUUAUGUUCGUUAUACUAUUAACAAAAAGUUGGAGUUAAUAUUAUACAUUAUUUUACCUCUGAUACAAUCGUUUUUACUGCUUGUUGCAAGCGAGUGCUUCUGAAUUGGAAUUCUCAGACAAGACCGUAUUACCAAGAUAGAUUCGUGGCUUUCUAAUUCACCGAUGGUAAAUUGCUGAGAGUAAUAUUUAAGUUGUUCAGCACGAAAACAUCACUUGAUUAAGUAAACGGAUUUUGCGGCGCAAACAACCUUAGAGUUGCGUUCUCGGGCUUUCAAAGUUACGGUUUAUAAAUCAUUAUUGUGGUCACAUUGUUGCGGGUUUGCUUUUCAAUGUGAACCUUUGAUCAACCAGCAUCAAAUUAUUAAUUCGAGUGACGCGGCCAAUGUUUCAAGUAGUUCAUUGAGCAUUUGAAAUCAAAGGUGGUAAUUUUGACUAUAUACAGCUUUGAUGAAGUCGACAAUUGCGAAACAAAAUUGUGCUGAUGAUUCAAAUUUAAUGAUAGCCGCCGAUUCCGAAAUGACUUUUUUCCGCUACUCUCAAACUUUUACUUCUGAAGAUUGUUGCGGUGAUCCAGCGAUGAUUCCGGACGCAAAUCGGCGCAAAAGUAGCUCUUUUUCACACCACAGCGUGGGUACAGGGCGUAAUUUAGCACCAGAUUGGUUUGCUUACUUUACUUCGUUAUUACAUAAUGUGUUCGCCACCGUGUCCUGUAAGACAUGCUCUGGCGAUUUGGGCGCGAGCGAGGGAAAUAAUCAGGACAGCUCUCUGGAAAUGCCAGAAGUAGUAUGUGAUCAGCCAGUACGGUCCAGUGUGAGCAAGACUUCUCUUCUGAAAGGAAAAAGAAAGUCAGCUGCCAAGAAAGCAGCUGCAAACACAAACCAAACUGGUGGGGGAGGAUCUCAUAGUCCGAACUGCGGGGCAGGCGGAGGGGGGACAUACUCGCCCCUGGGUACUAGUCCGACGACCAACAGUCUACUGUCUAGCUUUACAUCGUCCAAUCUUAGUCACCAACCUCAGAGGCAACAGGAAACCAACAACAAUUCUCACUGUUUUACACACAAGGGCGAGUCGCUACAGUCGGACCAGCACUCAACAGCUGGACAUCACCCUCAAGUCGCCAAUUUUAACAUAUCUUCCUUUCCACAUUCUCUCGUGGGUGCGCUUCGUGGAUCCGCGAACACGACCCCAGGCAGCGAGUCGUCGCCGAACGAAAGCGCGGAUGAGUUGAACUGCAGCGGGAUCUCCUCGGCGACGAUGGGGCUUGGCUUCGGAGGCGGCGCUGGAGGCAAUCAUCCGGCCUACUUAGCCAGCUGCGCGACGCUGGAGCGAACUCGCAGAUAUCAAGAGUGCAAAAUUAUGGUGCAAUUACCUCGUGGCUUCGACCGCCUUGAGUGGCUAGCUUACCACGCGACAUUCCUCGUGCGCUUUGUCGGCAUGUUCUGGCUGAGCAACCACCUCUCUCAACAUUGCCAAUGUACCAAUCUAUCAGCACCGCCCAACAACUCUGUAUGGACGAUGACAGAUGAGCGGACAGGGAAGAAAAGUGGACACAAAUCAGCCAUAGACGCCAAGACGGCCAUAGAGAACUCUCUCAAGAAUCUAGAGAAGAUAUUAGACAACGAGGACCUGUUCCCAUCAAAAUAUGGCAACCAGUUCAACAACGACUUUGAGAAUCUGGUGAAGCGCAGCUGCAGAUCUCUGUUCUGCAUUCUCACCCACCUGUUGCACGCACACUUCCACAGUCUAGUGGAGAAGAAGGUGGACGCAUCCACGAUCGACCUCUUCUCCUACCUCAUCACAUUCGCACGCCAGUUCACUCUCAUCGACAAAAAGGACUUCGCGGCCGCCGAACAGAUCGAACAAGUGCUCAACCAGCUACAUAACUAGCUUCAUACAACUCUAGUCUGAAACGACCCGAACGGAACCAAAGAAUCAAACCAGACGUGACCCAGAACACGAUGAACGAUUAUUAGUGCACUGUAACAAAUUACUGCACUAAUGUAUCAAUUUUGAAUGCACUGGUUUGAUCAAAUGUGUCGAAAACAUGAGCACGAAAAGACAAUACAAAUGCCAAAUACUGUGACUUAGCAAGCAUCUUUUUUGAUAGGUUGAUGUUUUGGUCAGCCUGAUGAAAUGAUGCAAACUAUUCCAUUUCAACUCAACUGAGCAACAAAAACUGAAACUUAGAAUAAGUUAUUUAGAAAAGUUGUAUAUUUUGUGAGUUUAAAUUGACACACACUGCCUGGUCGUAUUGUGCACUUUGGUUGCAUAUUUGAAAAUGAACUUCUUCGACCAGGCAGUAAAAAUCACCAGUUGUACAUUUCACGUUUCUUCAGAGGUUGAUUUAAUAGUUACAGAAUAGUUUCUUUUGUUGAAUUCAAGUAGUAAAUUACUCCCAUUACUUCCUUACUUUCCAUAUAACUGUAAAAUACACCAUUCGUGUGCCCAGUUGGCAAAUUUUGCCAAAAUUUGAGUCGAGCAGUACAAAAACGAAGGAAAAGCCACUGAUUAUUCUUAAGACUGUUUUCUGUAGUUACCGUCAUGAUAAAAUUUUGUUUCAAAGUCUUUCCAGGUUGUUGUUUGUCAGCAAGUUCUUUAUGAAAUAAUUUCCAUCAAGUGUUUUUGUCCAUGUCAAGAAACAGUUUUUGAAAGUUCGCCUUAAAAUUAGUUGUUUCUUGUUUGGAAGGCCGCUUAAAUUGGUGCUACCGCUACUAAGUUAUAACUAAUUGUUAAAUUAUGUAAUGAAAAUGUUGAGUUGGUAUGGUGUGUUAUCUGGACUGCGUAGAAAAGACAGGAGUUUUGAUGGUGCAUUUUCCUACCACCCUUUUCCUUCUCCCAGUGUGUAUAUUCACUUUUCUCUACACAAUGAGACUCAAAAACGGUGCUGUUAACAAUUGAUCAAUCUAAAAUAUAAUCUCUAGCUCACAAUUUACCUUCUACAUCA